AUGUUCUCCAAGCUGGCUAUCUCUGCCCUCGCGGCGGCCACUGUUGCCUCUGCGCAAUCUUCCGCCUGCACACAAUCCACCUUCACAAUCGGCUCUGCCGCUGAGGCCACUGCUCUCUCCGACUGCAGCACGCUCAAGGGUGACGUCCUGAUCCCCGCGACGUCUGACCCCCAGAUCGACCUGUCCGGCCCUAAGCAGAUUGACGGUGACCUGACCCUGGAGAACAAUGGCGCCGUCAUCUCUCUUGCGUCCCAGUCCCUCAGCUCGAUCUCCGGAACGUUCAGACUCGCCAACGUGACCCUGCUGUCCACGCUCAACCUGCCCGCCCUGACCAGCGUCGGCACCAUCACGUGGCAGUCGCUGCCCGCUCUCAACUCCCUGAGCUUCAGCACCGGUGUCAGCAAGGCUAACACCGUCACCAUCUCCGACACCUUCCUGCAGAGCCUGGAUGGUAUCGACCUGGAGUCGGUCGGCAGCAUGGACAUCAACAACAACCGCCGCCUGACCAAGUUCGACACCUCGCUCAAGAACCUGAGCGAGAACCUGAACAUCCAGGCCAACGGUGCCAAGCUGAGCGUGACCAUGCCCAACCUUGUCUGGAUCGCCAACAUGACCAUUGCCAACGUCACCGAGUUCUCUUCGCCCUCGCUCGAGGUCGUCAACGGCUCUGCCAGGUUCGACUCGAACUACUUCGAGAGCUUCGCCGCCCCCAACAUGACCUCCACCAGCAGUGGUGACAUCUCUUUCAUCAACAACCCUCAGCUCACCAACAUCACUUUCUCUGGCCUCAAGAGCCUCGGUGGUGCCCUGACUGUCGUCAACAACACCCGCCUGGAGGAGCUUACUGGAUUCCCCGAGCUGGCUGAGCUUGGUGGUGCCAUCAAGAUUGGCGGCAACUUUAGCAACGUUGAAUUCCCCAGCCUUGAGGACGUCAAGGGAACCUUCGAGGUCUCCUCCACCAACGACAUCGAGGAUGCUUGCACUGAGCUGAAGAAGAACGCUCCCGGCUCCCAGGGUGGCAACGGUGUCAUUCAGGGCAAGUUCACCUGCACGUCCAACAACGAGAAGGCCAACACUGGCAGCACCGCUGGCGACAGCGCCUCUGGCAGCAGCGGCAACUCUAGCAACGCUGCCGUCAACGUCCACGUGAACUCGGCCGUCAUUGGUCUGAGCUUCGUCGGUCUGCUGGCCCAGCUGCUGUAA